AUACUGUAAAUCACGCGCCAAUUGAAUCUAAAACCCUACGCUAUACAAAUUGGGGCUUUUCUUCCUCGCAGAAAAUUAACAGAUAUGGCAAUUCACGCUGGAAUUCUCUGCUUGAAAACUCAAUUUCAGUUUCCCUGUCGAGUGUUCGUCAUGUCCUGGGCUAGGGAGAAAAUUGCAAUCAAGUGCUUGAAAAGCAGAGAAUACAGUUCAUCGGUUCCCGUUAGGUACUUUCCCAAGAAAUCUUCUCAAGUUAAAAAGUCGGAGAAUUAUCAGCAGACAAAGGUUUCUGAACAAAAGAAGUCCCGUGAAUUUCCGGAUGCGGGUGCAUUGAAGAGUGAGGUUAAACAAUGUGGAAGAGGUGUGCAGAAAAAUAGGGGCUUCGAUGAGAAGCCUCAGAAUCAAAAUCACGUUUCCUACAAGAACUACUUGUUUAAUGAUGUUGAGAAAGCAUCUCCAGAGUUGGAAGAUCAGAUUGAUCAUCUUUCGGGGGAUGUAGGCUAUGAACUCAUGGAAGAACCUGAGGAGGUUUUUGAAGAGUUAAAUACUCAUCAAGUGAAAAAAUGUUAUGAAAAGGAUGUAUUGCAUGAUGCUGAGAAAGUGGCAAUAAAAUUACUUGCAACCAGGGCUUUCACAGCAGUUGAACUGAGAAAGAAAUUACAUGGAAAGAACUUUUCUCUAGAUACCGUUGAGGCAGUAAUAAAUGACUUCACUAGCAGAGGCCUAAUCAAUGAUAGCUUGUAUGCGGAAGCAUUUUCUCGUUCUAGAUGGUCUUCCUCAAGUUGGGGACCAAGGCGGAUAAAGCAAGCACUUUUCAGCAAGGGAGUGAGUAAACUUGAUGCUGAGAAUGCAAUUAAAUUGGUUUUUGAGGAGGGAGAAUCAGAUAAUGAUCAGAAGUUAGUUCAUGGUCUGUCAAAGCUCUCAAUGGAUAAUUUACUUGUUCAGGCCUCAAAGCAGUGGCUUCGAGGUCAAGAAGUGCCUAAAGAGACAAGGAAAUCAAGGAUUGUUCGUUGGCUUCAGUAUCGUGGAUUCAACUGGGAUGUUAUUGGCUUCAUAUUAAAGAAGUUAGAAUCUCAGUACCCACCCUAGUCCAUAACCAUCAACUGAAAUGUUGUGUAGUAUGGACAGGGUUUGGGUCUAUAACAUCACUUGCUGCUGUGGCUAGAAAAUUACUCACUUUAGCCCUUACCAGUACCGGACAUAAUGUUGCGUUUGCCUACCAUACCACCACCUAGUUUAGGUGGGGCGAAGUCUACUUUAAUGACAACAUAGCUAGAAGACGAGCAAGAAGUGGCACCAUUUAGCUGUUUUUGAUAGGAAACACCAUUUUGUGGCUGAAAAUGGACUCUUUUGUAUUCAUGUAUUGUUUAUAUUUACCUCAAUGAAAUUUUGUUGUUUGUGUUUCUGUAUUUGAAAAUAAUUACCUCUAAUCAACCUGCGAUAGUAAGAUCACAAGCUUCACUUUGCA